GUUUGUCCAAAUUGUAGACAACCUUUCAUUGAAACCGGGAAAACUCCAAACAAAAGAAGAACCAAUAAAGCUUCUCAACAGCAACAACAGUGCAGUGGUGUCCAAAAUAAAGCACCUGACAAAAGAACCAAUAAACCUUCUGAACAGAAACAACAAUGGAGUAGUGUCCAAAAUAAAGCAGCAGACAAAAGCACCGAAAAAGAAUCUUCUUCUGAGAGAAGUACUUCUUGGCCUUCUGUUAGUUUUACCUUGAAGCCUUCAUCAAUGUCAUCGAAGGCAAGGUCUAACUGUGGAUGUGUUGCGAAUCAACAACCGAAAAGAAGAAUUGAGGAGUUUGCUGCAGAGAAGAUUCCUAAGAAGGCGAGGACAUGUGAUGUGAGCUAAGAAAGAAGAAACCAACUCUCUUAAAGACAUGGACUGUAAUAAGGAAGAAGCUAGAAGAGCAAUUGAGAUUGCUGAGAGGAAACUUUCAGAGAGUGAUUACGAUGGGGCGAAGAAGUUCAUUAACAAGGCUCAUAAUUUGUAUCCAAACCUUGAUGGUUUGAAGCAAGGGAUGAUGAUGGUCGAUGUUUAUAUCUCUGCAUCAAACAGAGGAGAAGAAGAAGAAGCUGAUUGGUAUGGAAUUCUCGGUGUAGAUCCUUUAGCUGAUGAUGAAGCAGUGAGGAAACAGUACAAGAAGUUAGCUCUUUUGCUUCACCCGGACAAGAACAAGCUUAAUGGUGCGGAAGGCGCCUUUAAGCUGGUUACAGAAGCUUGGUGUAUGUUAUCUGAUAGGGUUACGAGAACUUCUUAUGAUCAAAGGAGGAAGUUUAAAGAAGCAAAGACCGAGAUGCAGAAACAACCAUACCCACAUAGGCCUGCUUCUAGUGGGAUGCAGAAACCACCAAACCCAUGUGAGCCUGCUUCUAAUAGUGGUAAUGAAAAUGCUAGAGACAGUACUGUGGAUCCAAGUGUUGGGGAUUUAAGUAAUAAGAUUGCUGGUUGGAUAAAGGAACGACUAAAUUUACUCAGGCAAGCAGCAUCUUCGAAUGGGAACCAAAAUGCUAGAGACGGUGUGGAUCCAAGUAAUGGGGAUAGAGGUAAUAAGCUUUCUCGUUGGAUAAAGAAACGACUAAGUUCACUCAAGCCAGCAUCUUAUAAUGGGAAUCAAAAUGCUAGAGACGACGGUACCUUUUGGACAAUGUGCAAUAGAUGCAAGGCACAAGGUAAAUAUAUGAGGGAUGAUUGUCUUGAUAAGGCCAUACUUUGUCCACAUUGUGAUCACCCUUUCAUUGCAAGUGAGAUCAGUCCAGAGGCAAGUCCCCAAAACACAAGUGGUGGUACUUAUUUCAAGAGAUAUUCUCCAUCAUCUGUUAUAUUCCACUUGAGUUGUUGUAAGGUCCAGGUCUUAUAGUGGAAGGAGUCACAAGAAAUAGUUGCUACCGCAGGAAGAUUCUAUAGAAGCCAGAGACAUAUGUGACAGAAGAAGUAAGAACUAAAAGAAAAUCACAUUAAGAAGUUGAAGUUUCUAUCUUUCAAGGAACUUUUUUUUUUGUAAUCUUUUUCAUUAGAUGAAGUUAAAUAAUCUUUUUUUUUUUCCAUUACAUAUCACCACCUAUUGUGUGUGUCACGUUUCCAAGUUGAAAAAGGAAUGAAAAAGAUAAGCAUUUUGUUCACCUA